AUGGGAUUACUCUCGCAAGAGGCGUUCGAUAUUGUGGCGGAUACCAAUCUUCUGGAAGAGCCAGUCACACCGGAAACAUUCGCCUCCCUUCGGAGUGUACUGGACAGGCCAGGUCUGCCAGAGGAGUUGCGCAAGGCCUUUCAUGCCCGGUAUCAGAGACCGGGGGGAAAUGUCGGAUCAUAUGCUUGUGAAUUGCGGAGAAUGGCCGUAUUUGCCUAUGUAGCCGAAACGCAUGAACAACAGGGCAAGCGCGUUUUAGCGCAGUUGCUCGAGGGCAUCCAAACUCCCUCGGUAAAAAGGGAGUUUCGUCUACGACGCCCUACUUGCCUUCAGGCAGCCUUAGAGGUGGCAGACCAACUAGAACAAGUGGACGCGUCCAUGGGCCUCAUGGAACCAUGUUGCGCGUUGAAGCGAUACAGGCCCGCUAGCUCCCAGCCACCAGAACGUAGAAAUUGGAAUCGCGUCCCGUUUCGAGGGGAUUACUCGCGACGUCCAGUGCAAUCGUACUUCCGAGUGCCCCACCCCCCUCCACCAAGAGGAGGAAAUUGCCCGCCAAGCCGUGGCAGGCGAAAUCAUCAAGGUGAGUAG